CUGUUUUACCAUGUGGGGGCUCCAGUUCCCAGGUCCCACUGAGAGCCAACUCAUACUUGUUGGGCAGGUCCGACCGCCCGCGUCCUCGCCUCUCAGGGCCUGAGUCACCGCUUUGUGCGUCACGGGCGGCUGUGCUCUGCGACUUGCAGACUCACCCUGAGUCAGCGGCCGGACGCGUCCACUGAUUGCAUCGCAAGGGGGUGGCGGGGCGCCGCAGCAGGCAUUUGGCAGCUGGGUCGACGUGGGACACCGAGCUUCCUCUCGGGCGGCGCGGAGGCGGGUACGCGCACUUGCAGGCCGAGCCACUCGGACCGGGAAAGGGCAGCGCAGUCGCCCCCCGCAGCCGCACGAUGGUACAGUCCAGCUGGGUAAGGCGAGCUGGAGGCACAGGCGGCCAAAUAGGCGGUAUGGGGCUGCGCGCGGGUGGAGCGCUCCGCAGGGUGGGCACCGGUUCGGGGGCACCCGAGGGACAGGAACCCGGUGGCGCGCAGGGAGGCAGCAUCCACUCGGGCUGCAUCGCCGCGGUACACAACGUGCCAAUCAGCGUGCUCAUCCGGCCGCUGCCAUCCGUGCUGGACCCGGCCAAGGUGCAGAGCCUCGUGGACACGAUCCUGGAGGACCCUGACAGCGUGCCCCCCAUCGAUGUCCUCUGGAUCAAAGGGGCCCAGGGAGGUGACUACUACUACUCCUUCGGGGGCUGCCACCGCUAUGCAGCCUACCAGCAGCUACAGAGAGAAACCAUUCCCGCCAAGCUGGUGCAGUCCACCCUUUCAGACCUGAGGGUGUACCUGGGCGCAUCCACGCCAGACUUGCAGUAGAAACCUCUUGGUCACCCCACCCCUUACACAUCAGCACCACCUUCCAGAGCCCAGAAGACCUGCGUGACCCCCAGCGGGCUGAAGCUGUAGCAGGGAUAUGUUCUCUUUAUACCUAAGGAGUGAGGUCUGCCUCUUGGCACCUCCGCACUAGCCCCCAGGCCGGGGAAAUGAAGGAGGCCAGUUCUCCUGUCUGUGAAGAGAUAUAUUGUGACCUUGGCCCUGAAGGAGCUGGGUUGUGGAGGCUGGACUCCCUCUGUCUUUAUCUUUAGUGUAGUACACUGGUACCUGGUUGUAGAGGAAACCUUGGUCACUGUGGCUGAAGUGAGAGAGGCCUGUUUUCCUGUAACCUGAGUCCUGGAACAGGUGACUCACACAGAAUUGUGUCAGCAGCUCAGUGAAGGUGGGGUCUCCUCUAGGUAGUCCUUUGGCCUGGCCCUCAUUGCUCCUUACUUUGUGGUCAUAAAAUGGCUACCGCAGCUCUAGGUAUCACGUCUGUGCUUAAGGAAGAAAGCCACUGGACCAACUUCUGUCAGAAAGGAAAACCACUUUCAGAGUAUCUAUAGUUUCCGUGGCCAGAGCUAGGCACCAGGGCCACCCACAGUCACAGAGGGAACGCUGUCACAGCUGAGCAUGGCUGCCUUGGUCAUCGCUUGGAACUGGCACUGCUUCCUGCAAUCAAAUUGGGAUCCCGUUAGCAGGAGAGGAAGAAGUAUCAGUUAGCCCUUGCAAUGUAACAAGCCAUUCCCAGACUUAACAGUAUUACCCAUGAUUCUGUGGGUGAGCACUGGGGGCUAGACUCCUUUGGGCUGCUCUGUUAGUAUGGCCCGGUCCUGCUCAUGAGCUGGGACUGGCUGGGCUGGGAUCACCUUCAUUCUUGUAACAUGUGUUGGCUGGAUUGGCUUGGCCAUCCUUGUUGCCUCUCUAGCAGCUCAGCUCAAGUUUAUUCCCAAGAUGGCCUCAGAGUCCCAAGAAUGAGAGUAAUAGGGACAAGACAGGCACUGGAGUGGUGGCUCACUGCUAAGAGUACCUGCAUGGUGACUCAAGACUUUAGUCCCAGUUCCAGAUGACCUGGCACCCUCUCUGGCCUCCGUGGGCACCAGACACAUGGAACACAGACAUACGUGUACAAGCAAAGCACCCACAUGCAUAGGUUUUUUUGUUUUGUUUUUGUUAUUGUUUUGUUAUUUUUAGGUGACAAGAUUUCUUUGACCCUUAUGCCAGGAUGAUGUCACUGCUGCUAAGUUCAUUCCUCAGAUUCAAGGGGCGCAAAUGGACCCCAGCUCUCAACGGGAGGAACUAUAAAGAACACGGGGGCUAUUGCACAGAUGAAUCUUGGUCUUACUCCUACCCAUAAGCCCUCCUCACACAAAGGACCGUGCCAAGUCUUAGCCUUUAAGUUACUGUGCUGUCCGUGGGACCUAGAAGAAGUCAUGGCAUGGUGUCUCCAAGAGCUGGGUACCCCACCCUCAAGGAUGACUCUAGCAGAAUGGGGCAUUCCAGGGGGGCUCCUGCAAAGUGAGAGUCCUGGAGGCUGAGGAAAGGUAGAGGAAGCAGCAAAGCAAGGUGGCACUUGCUGCGCCUCCCAGAGAGCCUAGUCACUUGUCACUCUCUGUUUCCCCAGUUCAGUAGCCAGGACAACAGCUUUCCUGCCCACUGAGUAUCCCAGCCAAUGAAACUGAAAGGAAUAAAAUGCAACAUGGUGCUUGGAUCGAAUCUUGAGACCAAAAAGGGAUGGGGAAGCGUUAGUGCGUCAACCAGGAACUUACUCUGUCUGGGUUUUAGUUAUCCUCCAGUUUGGGCAACUGACUCCUGGGUGGGGGGAAUGGGGCUGUGUGAAAAAUGUAUGGGAACUCUUUAGUCUGCAACUUUUCUGUGAAUCUAAAGUCAUUCCAAAAUAAAAGUUUAUUUAAUUAAAAAGCA